CCGAGUGGUUGUCUCCCGACGCGUGUGUGUCAAAUGUGGUUUUCUGCGAUCUGUGACCCUCAUUAUUUUAGUGUCAGGCAGAAUUUGUUAUUAUUAAAAAUUUGAAUUUAAAUAUAUAAAAAUACCUUGAUAAUCAGUUUAAUUCUAUCAUUAGUUAUGAGUGUUCCGGUGGAAAGAUCGCCAAAGUUGUGCUCAAGAUGGUGGAUGACAUCUCAAAAAUCUAAAUCAGAAAUCUAUUCACAGAUUGAAAUUGUGGAACAUGAUAGUCCAUUUGAACGAAUUGACAUUGAGAUGAAGAAUGAACCUUCACAUAGCAACACAGCUAUUCAUCAGAUCAAGAGAGAGAAGCAAGAAGAUGGAUUUGCAGAACUUCAAUUGACAACAAAUAACGUCAAACAGGAGCCAAUAACCUCAGAGGAAGCCCCAACUACUACUCAGAUGGCGAUAGUUGCAGUAGAUAGCAGCCAAGAACCAGCGCCAGAGUUCAGCACUGCUUUCGCUCCAACCGAUAAUGACUUCAGCCAACAACAUUAUUUAAUCCCUGGCUACAAUCUAAUAUUCAUCAAAGAAGAAGAUUCCCAAGAUGUAGAAGACAUUUCAGAAGAAAUUAACUUUGGCACAGUGAAGAGUGAAGCAGAGAUGUGGCCUUCUAUCAGCGGCACUGACAAUGCAACAGAAGUGGGUGGAGUGGAUGCACAUCCUAUCUCUCCAGUUGAGGAGUGCACUGAGCCACCUGUGGCUGGUGAAGAGACCAAGCUCUACAGCUGUGAUGACAGCAGCUAUGAAACUCCAUCGAUUACUGCUUUGAAAAGACACAUUAGAAGACACACUAAGGAAAAGCCUUUUAGUUGUGAGAUCUGUGACUAUAAAUGUGCUACUUCAGACUAUAUGAAAAUACAUAUCAGAACACAUACAGUUGAAAAACCAUUCAGUUGCGAAUUUUGUCACUACAAAUGUGCUAAUUCAAACCAUUUGAAAGUACAUAUCAGAUCACAUACAGGUGAAAAACCAUUCAGUUGUAAAUUAUGUGACUACAAAUGUGCUAUUUCAGCCAAUUUGAAAGUUCAUAUCAGAACACAUUCAGGUGUGAAACCAUUUAGUUGCAAAUUUUGUGACUACAAAUGUGCUAUUUCAGCCACAUUGAAAGCUCAUAUCAGAACACAUACAGGUGAGAAACCAUACAAUUGUGACCUUUGUAACUUUAAAUGUGCUACUUCAAGACAAUUGAAGAGACAUAUCAGAACACACACUGGUGAAAAACCAUUUAGUUGCGAAUUUUGUGACUACAAAUGUUCAUAUUCAGACUAUUUGAAAGAACAUAUCAGAACACAUACAGGUGAGAAACCAUUCAGUUGUGACCUUUGUAACUUCAAAUGUACCACUUCAAGCUAUUUGAAAAUACAUAUCAGAUCACAUACAGGUGAAAAACCAUUUUGUUGUAAAUUAUGUGACUAUAAAUGUGCAAAUUCAGGUACUUUGAAGGCACAUAAUAUUAGAAAACAUUCAGGUGAAAAACCAUUUAGUUGUAACUUUUGUGACUACAAAUGUGCUACUUCAGACUAUAUGAAAAUACAUAACAGAACACAUACAGGUGAAAAACCAUUCAGUUGCGAAUUUUGUGACUACAAAUGUGCUACUUCAAACAAUUUAAAAAAACAUUUCAGAACACAUACAGGUGAGAAACCAUUCAGUUGUGACCUUUGUAACUUCAAAUGUGCUACUUCAGGCCAAUUGAGAAUACAUAUCAGAUCACACACUGGUGAAAAACCAUUUAGUUGCGAAUUUUGUGACUACAAAUGUGCUACUUCAAACAAUUUAAAAAAACAUUUCAGAACACAUACAGGUGAGAAACCAUUCAGUUGUGACCUUUGUGACUUUAAAUGUGCUACUUCAAACAAUUUGAAAAUACAUAUGAGAAGACACACUGGAGAAAAGCCUUUUAGUUGUGAGAUGUGUGACUAUAAAUGCAGUCUGAAAUCUAGCUUGAAAUUACAUUUCAGAACACAUACAGGUGAAAAACCAUUUAGUUGUGACCUUUGUAACUUCAAAUGUGCUACUUCAGGCCAAUUGAGAAUACAUAUCAGAUCACACACUGGUGAAAAACCAUUUAGUUGCGAAUUUUGUGACUUUAAAUGUGCUACUUCAGGUAAUUUGAAAGUACAUAUUCGAACACAUACAGGUUAAGAACCUUUUAGUUUCGAAUUUUGUGACCAUAAAUGUUCUCGUUCAAAUGAUUUGAAGAAACAAAUCUGAAAACACACUGGGGGAAAGCCUAUGAAGAAAAAAUUGUGAGAUUUUUAUUUAUAAAAUAUGAUAAAUUCCACUUAGUUUAAGAAGACCCAUAGCACUUUAUACAAAACAAAAUAGCACUUUACAGGAAUAAACCAUAAAUUAAUGUAAAACUGGAAUUAUGACUUUGAUUUGAUACACUAGAAUUAUGAAUUAUGUGACUUUUAAUGUGCUGAUUUAUAUACUUUGAAGGCACAUAAUAAAGUCCAUACAGUUGAAAAAUAAUUGAAUAAGUAGUCUUAUCAGUUGUAUUGACAUUUUUUGUUCCUCAAUCGAUCAAGAUAAAUCUAUGAUUGGAGUCAGUUGCUCGUUUGUGAAAUUAUAUAAUCUAUUGUAACUUAAUUCAGUAAAUUCCAACUGAAUAGAAGAUUUAAAGUUUUGUGUACUGACGAGGAUGACAUGAAGGUUAGCACUUAGCAGAUCGAAACAUCAAUUGGGAAUAAUAAGUGCAAUUGCAUGCAAGUUGAGUCUAUGUCUUUCUCCAUCUUCCAGAUACUUUCCUCUCCUUAUAUUUACUUAUCCAGAAAUAUUAAUUUGCAGCAAUCAAAGCAACAAGUUGGUGAGUUUCUAAUGAUUUUUUCUUGAAACUUGGUCUUGCAUGGAGCUUUCCCACUCUCGUUAUGUAAAGAAUAUUCAUGCCUUUUCAAUUGUAAAUUCGUAAAAUUAGAUGCAAUCCACAUUAAUUGCAAUUACAUAUAGUAUUUGUCUUCUAUGGGAGAACAUAGGUACGGUACCUGAUAUUCUUCAAGACACCAAUGAGCCUCAGAACUGUCAUAUAUCAACCAAGUCCGCCAGUUUAUAGUGUUCUUGAGGAAUCAUGUCUGAAUAGUCAUUAUUAGACUCACAGUCAUAUUGAAAAUGUUUAGUUGUAGACUGCUAGUAAAUCGAUAAUUAUCCAUUCAAUCCCACAACACAGAGAGAUUGUCUUGUUGGGAGAUUCAUACAUGAUUCAAGGUUCAUCUGAUUUAUAAAAUUAAUUGUUAGCCCAUUAAAUUUAAGCAUUGAGUAAUUAUUAGACUCAUAGUCAUGUGUAAUGUGUUCAGUUAUGAAUGUAGCCUAUAGCAGUCUCCUCAAAUGUGAAAAGAUCCAUUCUGAUGAUCCUAUCUUCAUGACAAUCAAAUUUUUAUUAAAUGAUCACCUCUUCAACAACAAAACGACAAUAUUUUCUUUGCAAAACCCUUUGAACUGCUAUGCUUCAUAUUAUGAUGUUAUUGUUGUUAAUAUGGCUGUGUUGAUUACCUCAAAAAGCCUCCUGGCUUUGGUGAUUGAUAAUGUGUGUAAUAUUAUAGAUUUUAUUAUUUAUUGAGAAUAAUAUGGGAUACAACUUGAGAGGGACUAGUUGAUUUUAUUUUAUGGACAGAGGUAUAUUCUUUUGGGGUAAAACCUAUCUGGAUGGGGGCAUGGAACGGCCAAGAGAGAACAAUACCCCUCCUCCAACGCCGGUGAAAUGGGAAACAAUAACUGUCAACCCAUGUCAAUUCUCAAGCAAUAGAUCUUUUAAUGCCCCCAUCCAGAUAGGUUUAGAGCAGAAAAUGUAUUUUCAAAACCUACUGUAAAAUCCAACACUCUGGUCCGCAACUUACAACUCGACAUGAUAAUCGUUUAAAAAAUAUCAACUAGCACUAAUAAGAAAUUAGUUAUUUGAUAUUAUUAGAAUAGGCUCAAAUAAUAUUACAAUAGGCUUUGUGUUCCAUAAUGAUGGAAUUCAACUAUUUUUCUAAAUUUAAUAAGAAUGACUUGAAAAUUCUGUUUUGAAACAAUAUGUACAUCUCUGAUAACCUGAUACGAGUUAUAAAAUCGUCAUAGUCAUACUAAAAUCAUUUAUUGCGUGAAACACACAAUUUAAUUGCAGGGUUUUUACUACACUGUUAUAUGCCUUUACAGCUUAGAUCUUUGUCGCAUCUUGAUAAGCUCUGCAUGAACUCCAUGUUAUACCAAAAGCUACAGAGUAUAGACUGUCUAAUAGUUGGAAAUUAUAACUUUGAUGGACCUGUAUAGAACACGGAAAUGGGAACCCCUGAGUAAAAGUCUAAGUGUGGAAUAAUGUCACUAAACUUAACAGGAUGGGGGCAUACGCUUCAUUGCACAAGGGUCGAAAAUGUGCUAAAAUUACCUGCCAAAGGGUCUCACAGUUGUAUUGUUCUCGCUUGACCGUCCCAUGCCCCCAUUGAGAUAGGUUUUACCCUUCUUUUGAAUAUCAAUUUUGUAUUAUAUCACAAAAAGCAAUAAUUCACUAGAGAUUCAUUAUAUUAAUAUUAUUUAGAUUAUUAACAUAUUAUUAUUAUUAAUAGUGUUUAGCUAUCUAUUGUAAGAGAAACUUCUUGUUAACAGAUUCUAUUUUUAAAGAAUAUUCUAUAGAUUUCUCCUGUCUUCUAUCAUUAAUUCACUUCAAUUUAUCAACUUUCAAUAAAUUCUCGAAAUAGUCCUAGCCUACAAUUUUGAUAUUUCUAGCUUGUUCUACAAAUAAGUGUUGCCCACGAAGUUAAAAAAGUCACCUUACUUUUUGAACACACCUCGUAUAUCGAUGAGAAUCUUGAAUUGAAUUGAGUUUAUUUCGCCAAAUUAUACAUGAUUAUAAUAUUUAAAAAGGGCACAAAAUGCAAGCAGCACAACGUAACAAUUUUGUAAAAUAAAACUUAUAAUGUCUAAUCUUAGUGUGAAGAGACAAGUAUUUUUUAUUGUAAAUGGAUUGCACCAGCCCUAGGCCUUUACGAGCUUUCUUUACUCUAUCCUGUUGUGAUAAUCUCUCCGAAAUAACCUCUCCUAAAUAUUUAAAACCUGGAACCCUGUUGAUUGUUCUAUAUUUAGUUUGUAGUCUGGUAACUUCUAGGUUUGUGGUUGUGAACACUGUUUUUUCGAAGGAUAUUUGUAAGCCAACUUUUUCUGCACAUUCUUUCAAAGUUUCUAUUUGUUUUAUUGCAACUUCGCCCGAGUCUGCCAUUAUUGCAAGAUCAUCCGCAAAAACCAAAUAAGGUAUUUGUA